AGUUCACUGUUUCACGUAUUCAGAUAAGUAGAUGACCACUAGUGAGAGAAACAAAGAGAAAGAGAGAGCGUACCAAAUCCGGUGGAGAGCAGAGAGAGAGUGAACGGAGGUGGUGGUGUGGUGUGGUGCACAAAGGUCCCCGGUCGGAGGAGGUGAGCCGUGAUCGGUCCGGCGAACGGCAGAGAAGAUAGGGCGAGCGUACGCAGAUCAUGAGGUGAAAGAAACCCCUAAAUCAUGGACGCAAGACGGAAUGUCACCAAACGAGGGUUUAUUAGGUACACAUUUCUUCUACUUCUGAUACUCGUGACCCUUUCUUUUAUCGCCAUCUUCAACCACACCCAAUUCCAAAACAUAACUUCAUUCUUACGACCACUUUGGGACACACCGCCACCUCCAUUUCAGUACAUACCCCAUUACUACGCAGAAAACGCCUCCAUCAACAACCUCUGCAACCUCCAUGGAUGGACCUUAAGCUCUGAACCACGCAACGUCUUCGAUGCUAUCCUAUUCAGCAACGAACUCGACUUGCUUGAACUCAGAUGGCGUGAACUUUACCCUUAUGUCACCAAAUUCAUCAUCCUCGAAUCAAACAUGACCUUCACCGGAAUCCCCAAACCUCUCACCUUUGCUUUAAAUCGCCACCGUUUUGCUUUCGCUGAAGAAAAAAUAAUUUACGGUUUCCUCCCCGGAGAAGUCCCACCUUCCGAUGUCCAUAUCGACCCCUUUUUGAUCGAGUCACAUCACCGGAGCAUCAUGAACGAGUUAAUCCGACGGUCUGGAAUCUCCGACGGCGAUCUUCUGAUUGUAUCAGACACCGACGAGAUUCCGAGUUCACACACUGUUAAUCUUCUCCGGUUGUGCGACGGGUUGCCGUCGGUUUUGCAUCUCGAAAUGAGAAAUUACCUUUACUCGUUUGAGUUUCCAGUUGAUUACAAUAGCUGGCGAGCCACCGCUCAUAUAUACAGCCGGUGGAGUCGUUACCGCCACUCCCGCCAGACGGAUCUGAUACUCUCCGACGCCGGAUGGCACUGCAGCUUCUGUUUCCGGCACCUGAGUGAUUUCGUUACAAAGAUGACGGGGUAUAGCCACGCGGAUCGAGUGAAGAGAAAAGAGUAUUUGGAUUACUCGAGGAUUCAGCGUAAGAUUUGUGGUGGAGAUGAUUUGUAUGAUAUGUUGCCGGAGGAGUUUAGUUUUAAGAAGUUGAUCGGAAAAAUGGGGUCGGUGCCUCGUUCGUCGUCGGCGGUUCAUCUUCCGGGAUAUUUAAUAGAAAACGCCGAGAAGUUUAAGUUUCUUCUUCCCGGUGGUUGUCAGCGUUCACCUGAGUGAGUUUUAUUUGUCGUAUUUUGAGAAGUAAUGAAGCAAAUUCAGUUUAUUGUUUAUAGAUCCUUUAAAGAUUUGGUAAUUUUAAGGAAUAACAAUGUUAACAUUCUGGUAAA